AUGGAGGAGCCAUUGGCACCUACUCCCCUGCCUCCGGCUCAUGCGGCAUCAGAUGGAGAGCAAAUCAUUCAUAUUUUUCAGACGCUUGGUCGAUCCACAGUGUGGAAGAGCAUUGCCAACAUCACCUUUGAAGGAGACACGUUUGAACCUGAAGGCAUGGUACGCCUGGGCGAUGACCGUUACGUGGUCAGUUCAGGCCAUUGGACCGAACCUACCGAGAAGUAUGGAAAGAUUAUCAACGGGACGGACCGAACACCUGGAAAAGGACUCGCUCAUUUGAUGGUUUAUAAUGGAAAAGGCAAGCUUGUUGCCGAUGCGACCAUCACAAAAGAAGGAGAUGAUGAAUAUCAUAAUGGAGGAAUCGACUUUGAUGGCCAGUAUAUUUGGGGAACCAUCGCCCAGUACCGUCCCAACAGCACGGCAUACGUUUAUCGGACAGAUCCCAAUACGUUGGUACUAGAGAGGGUACUUAAUUAUGCGGAUCAUCUGGGAGGCGUGGUCCACGACACCCGCGACAAUCUCAUCACUGCUCUCAACUGGGGAGGACGCAACGCUUCAACAUGGGACCUCAAGAGUGCAGAGACGGGCUGCGACGCGAGCCCCGAACCAGAACGUGUUGUCAGAAACCCGAGUUACUUUGUCGACUACCAAGACUGCAAGUGGCUAGGCCACAGCAGAUUCUACAACGGCAAGAGUAUUAUGCUCUGUUCUGGCGUUGCCACCAUUGGCGGGUACAAUCUAGGCGGCAUCGCGCUCGUAGAUGUCGCGACAAUGACACCACUCGCCGAAAUCCCCAUCGACCUAGAAAGCGCCCUAGGAGUCAGACUGACACAAAAUCCAAUGGACGUUGGCGUAAAAGACGGAAAGCUGAGGCUGUACUUAAUGCCGGACCAGCAUAACAGCACAUUGUACAUUUACGAGGCGCAGCCCGAAAGCCCGUUUCAGUAUGGCGGCGGGAGCUGA